AUGAAGUGGUAGUAGGAGUGAAAAACCAAGCAGAACCCCCCAAUCCCCAAUGCCCAGAUUCUUCACGCAGUUGGUUUCGGAGCAGAGCAGCAGCAGCAGCAGCCGAACAGAAAAAAAGCAAAAGCGAAAGCCAUGAAGAGGGAGCUGGAUCCUCAACUCCGCUCUCUGCCGGACUCUUCUAUAACGGCGACAGCCUGCUCUAGCAAUAUGGGCAAAGCCAAGAUGUGCUGGGAAGACGACGUACAACAACAAGACGGCGGGAUGGACGAGCUCUUGGCCGUGUUGGGGUACCAGGUGCGGUCCUCCGACAUGGCUGAGGUGGCCCAGAAGCUGGAGCUCCUCGAGGAUUUGAUGGGUAAUGCUCAGGGAGACGGCCUCUCUCAUCUCGCGUCUGAUACCGUCCAUUACAACCCCUCCGAUCUGUCCACAUGGCUCCAGAGCAUGCUCUCUGAGUUUAACCCCCCACCUACCAAUCAAUUCGAUUCCUUGGUGCCGCCCGCCGCAGGGGCUCCGCCGGUUCCUCUCGACGAUUCGUUUUUGGGUCCGGCCGAAUCCUCCACCAUCACCUCCAUCGAUUUCGAUCCGCAAAAUAGUAAUAAUAAUAAUCGGAACCGAGGAGUCUUCGAAGAUUCUUCUACUUCCGAUUACGAUCUCAAAGCUAUUCCUGGUAAGGCCUUGUAUAGUCAACCCCAAAGCCAAAGCCGAAACUCCCAGAUCGAAUCUCCAUCCUCCAAGCGGUUGAAACCCUCGUCCGGGUCCGGGUCCGGGUCAAAUCCAGAAAAUUAUUUCUCGGGUUCUUCUUGUAUAGGAGGCGGCGGUUUAACUGUUCCCAGCGACGCCACUCGCCCUGUCGUGCUCAUCGACUCGCAAGAGAACGGAAUUCGGCUCGUCCAUGCUCUGUUGGCCUGCGCCGAGGCCGUACAACAGAACAACCUCAACCUAGCGGAGGCCCUGGUCAAGCAGAUCGGAUUCUUGGCCGUGUCCCAAGCAGGCGCGAUGCGAAAGGUCGCCACGUACUUCGCGGAGGCCCUGGCUCGCCGAAUCUACAGGGUAUACCCUCAGAUCCCUCUAGACCACUCGCUCUCCGAUAUCCUCCAGAUGCACUUCUACGAGACUUGUCCGUACCUCAAAUUCGCUCACUUCACUGCCAACCAGGCCAUCCUCGAAGCCUUCUCGGGCAAGAAGCGCGUCCACGUUAUAGACUUUUCCAUGAACCAAGGUAUGCAGUGGCCGGCGCUCAUGCAAGCCCUAGCUCUCCGCCCCGGCGGCCCGCCUGCUUUUCGUCUGACCGGUAUUGGGCCUCCCACCGCGGACAAUUCGGACCAUCUCCAGGAAGUGGGCUGGAAGCUGGCCCAGCUGGCCGAUACCAUAAACGUGGAGUUCGAGUACAGAGGGUUCGUCGCCAACAGUUUGGCCGAUCUCGACGCCUCGAUGCUGGAGCUCAGGCCGAGCGAGGUGGAGUCGGUGGCGGUGAACUCUGUGUUCGAGUUGCACAAGCUGUUGGCUCGGCCCGGAGCGGUCGAGAAAGUGUUGUCGGUUGUGAAGCAGAUGAAGCCGGAGAUCGUGACUGUAGUGGAGCAGGAGGCGAACCACAACGGUCCGGUUUUCGUGGACCGAUUCACGGAGUCGUUGCACUACUACUCCACCAUGUUCGACUCGCUCGAGGGGUCGGCGAGCAGCAACGACAAGGUGAUGUCGGAGGUGUACCUGGGGAAGCAGAUAUGCAACGUGGUGGCGUGCGAGGGGGCGGACCGGGUGGAGCGGCACGAGACGACGGCCCAGUGGCGGGGUCGGCUGGGCUCGGCCGGGUUUGCGCCGGUUCACCUGGGUUCGAACGCAUUCAAGCAGGCGAGCGUUUUGCUGGCCCUGUUUGCCGGUGGGGAUGGGUACAGAGUUGAAGAGAACAAUGGGUGUCUGAUGCUCGGCUGGCACACUCGCCCGCUCAUCGCCACCUCCGCAUGGCAACUCGCCGCCUCCAGCGCUGCUUUGGUCCACUGAGUCAACUCAGCGAGUCAGGUCAACUCGUUUUUUUUUUUUUUUUAAUAUAUUUCAGUCUCCCCUCCCCCAACCCCCCCCCCACCACCACCACCACCACGGCUUUAGUGGACUGGACCGGGCUGUCAAAUGUGUUUUGCUGAGCUGGGUGGGUUACCCCUGACACGGACUGGGUGAGACCCACCGCUGUCCGUCCUACUUUGUGUCUCCCCCAUUUUCUUCUUCUUCUUCUUCGUGUUUUUUUUUUUUAAUUUUUUAAAACCCCCCUCUCUCUCUCUCUCUCUCUGCCUUUUCUUUUUGGGUGGAAUCUUUUUGUAAUUUCCAGGGUGAAUCAAAAAUGUUAAUGUCUAUUUAUGUUUAUGUAUCAAGUAUAUAUAAGUUUUGCGGUAAUAAGAAUUUUCAACAACUUUCUCUUA